CUAAAAAAAAAAAAUUCCCAUCAAUAAUGGCGACCAAGGAAUGAUUCACUGGGUGAUACAGAGUCUAGAUCUAUAUCAAAUAGAUUUUAGAAUAACAUGCUAUAAUUCGUAUAAUAUUGCGCCAAUACCUAAAACGCUGAUGGGAAAUUUGGAUAUGUAUAUUUAGAUAUGGCUGCUGACGCAGACAAACCUACAAGCAGAGCUGAUAUGCGAGAAGGUAAAGAAAAAACUCAACUAAGUCGCCUAAAAAAGUUAAGGCGGCGUAUAUCUGCCAGCUUUGGAAGACUUUCAAUAAGCAAAGAGGAGACCAUUCAUGAAAGUGAUAAUGAGCUUGACUAUGUAUUUCAAGCUGAUGUAUCAACAAACAAUGGCUACUACCCUCAGAAAACCAGAUCUGCUCCUGAUACUCCACCAGCAGCCAAUGGUAACCACACUGUAACCAAUGGCAACCACAGAUAUGAUGCUUACACUGUCCACACAGCUGGUACAAAGCAGGUGGUAGUUCCCCGAAAUCCAGAAGGCCGUCAUACUCCAGUAAAGAGGCACCACUCAGCAGGGGAUAUGCUUGGUGGAGCAGUUUUUCCCCCAGCCCCAAAAUCUGUGGCCUCGGAAAAGCAGCCCCGGCCCAAGUCCGAAGGCCAUGUUUACAGCCGUCAGUCCAUUUACAAAAGAGCUGUAAGUUUUGGGGGUCCUUCUGCAUUUGGACGCGCUGAUUCUUACAGUAAAUUAGAACAGCUUGGGGAGGGAUCCUAUGCUACAGUUUUCAAAGGUUUCAGCAGUUUAACAAAUCAAGUUGUCGCUCUUAAAGAAAUCCGCCUGCAAGAGGAGGAAGGUGCACCGUUCACUGCCAUAAGAGAAGCAUCUCUACUGAAAGGUUUACGCCAUGCCAAUAUAGUUACCCUCCAUGACAUAAUCCACACUCGAGAAACUUUGACUUUUGUAUUUGAAUAUGUGCAUACAGACUUAAGUCAGUACCUAGAAAGACAUCCAGGGGGCUUAAAUACUACUAAUGUCAAGCUUUUUUCUUACCAGCUUUUACGAGGACUUGCCUUUUGCCAUCAACGUAGAAUUUUGCACAGGGAUUUGAAGCCACAGAACCUUUUAAUUAGUGAAAUUGGGGAACUCAAACUAGCUGAUUUUGGUCUGGCCCGUGCAAAGAGUAUUCCCAGUCACACAUACUCACAUGAAGUAGUGACCUUAUGGUACCGUCCUCCCGAUGUUUUACUUGGCUCAACAGAGUAUUCCACAUCAUUGGAUAUGUGGGGUGUGGGCUGUAUUCUAACUGAAAUGAUCUCUGGUCAGGCCACAUUUCCUGGCAUGAAAGAUGCCUUUGACCAGUUAAACCAGAUCUUCAAAAUGUUGGGCACUCCCACAGAGGCAUCAUGGGAAGGGGUCACCAAGUAUGCCAACUAUGAUCUCAAGAAACUAGAAAGAUACCCUCCUCAAUCUUUGGCCUGCUGUAUACCCAAACUAUCUUUUGUACCACAUGCUGAAGAGUUGGCAGCUCAAUGUUUACAGAUGCAACCUCAUUUGAGAAUAUCUGCCGCAGCAGCCAAACGCCAUGAUUACUUUAAAGAUCUUCCUUCAAAAAUUCAUGAGUUAUCUGAUACUACAUCAAUAUUUAACAUUCCUGGUCUUCGCCUGCUUCCUGAAACAGGAGAUGUGUCAACUACUCAGAGACGGCAAUCUUCACGUUCUGGUAUUAGAACAACACUCAAAAUAUAACUAAAGAAAUCCUGCUUUUUCUCAAUGGAAGUUUGUAUAUUUUUGUAAACAAACAACUGAGCUCAAUUUUUCAACAAAUACUUUCUCUCUGCCAAUCAAAGAAAGGAGACAGUUGGCAUUGAAAUUCAACUUAUUUUUUUCUGGAUAAACCAGCAAGAAUCAAAGCCUGAUGGUUCAGAUUAUUAAUUUGUGAUGUCAAUAUAACAAGGCCAAGAGAAAAUCGAAAACACAAUACAGUUUUAAUUUAACAUGAAACUGUAAUACUAUAUUGUUACACACAACUUUAAUGGUAAGGUCAGGACUUGAAGCAUUACUUUGAAAUCAUAAAAAAUACAUGUAUAUUUGUAAAAUAAAUUCACUGUAGGAUUUUGCUUUAGUACUAUACUAAUCAACCCUCAAUAUACAAAAAAAAUAUUGUAAUAGUUUUUUUUUUAACAUGUAAGUCAGCUUUUAGUCACAAGUCUCUCUAGUGGUAGUGAUAUAAACAUUGAUAUGAAGAUCUUGGGUUUAAACCCUUGUCCAGAGAAUAGUGAUUCUCCUGUAUAAACAGACUUCUAAAGGAAGAAACAGUUAAGGGCAGCUCUACUUUGUGAUUUUCACACGUUCUCUCCUAAGCAUCGUCCCCAGCAAUAGGUGAAGUCUUACUUUGCCAAACCUCCAUAGCAGUAAAUCUUACAUCGUACUGACAACCUUGAAUAGAAUCUUUUGGCCUUUCAACCUAAUGGUUAAGCUCUAAUCAAAAUUUAGCAGAUUUGAUCCAAAAAUUCAUAUUGGUAUACUAGUACAUUUGAAUGAGAAAAAAAAUAACAAUAAUUCUCGUAAGGUCAAGUCAGCGGUGAAAAGAAAGAAUGAUGGAUAGUUUUUGGCCUUUUUAAAAAAGUCUGACUUAUAUAAUUUAUAAAUAAAAAUAUGGUAAAAAAUC